AUGACUGGAGCUGAAUUAACUAGAGAUUUGUUAAAUCCUUUGUACCUAAAGCUCUUCCUUUCGAAUUUAGGUAAUCUUACUGGGCGAUUUUGGGCUAAACUUCCGUAUAACGCACCCUUCUAUUACGUAUAUCAGUCUGGCGGGAAAAUAAUAAGAACUCUGUCGCAUCGAAAAUCGCAUCGCCGGCAAGAAAAUGAAUUGUGGCGCGACAACGUCAAAUUGCUUUUAAUUUGAGCGACGCAACUUGCAAUGCGACAAAGAAAUCGCUGAGAAAAUGAAUUCUGUCGCGGCAAAAUCACAUUAAUUUUCAGCUCUCGAUGUGACAUUGUGCUCAUUAUUUUCCCGACAGACAUUCAAAAAAAAUUUUUUUGAACUUUUUCGAUUUAUUGUACAGAUUUUUUGACUUACUGCUAAUUUUCAGCAGUGAUGUCAGAAAACCCAUCACCUUCCGAGAGCAGACCAGAGACCUCCGAAGAAGCCGGCAACGUGAGGCCCAGGGAAACGAAACGAGCUUAUCAUCUAGUGGAACACUUGAUGCCCAAGGAAAGGAUUCACAUAGGCCCUCCGCCAUUCGUUGGAACAUGGGAGGAGAUGAAUAGUAAGUCUUUCUUGCCUACGAUAUGGCUUUACAACCGCGAGGUGAUUCAAAAAUCUCAAAACCCGAGAAACUACCUUGGCGAGCGAGAGAGUACGUAGAACGCGGGAAGGGAUGGAGAAAAAAUACUUUUUGGCCGUAUCUUUGCCAGCUUCGCAUGGAAAAAAAAUACUUUUUGUGGAAAAAUUACCCGAGGCGGUAGAAAUAGGGAUAAAACUUUUUAUGCCAAAGUUUGAAAAAAACGUCGCAGUUUUUCCAACUUCCGGCCAAAAAAUCUUGUUGAUUUCCGCAAGAAAAUUUUAUUCUAAACUUGUGCCCAGUUUCUUUAAAAAUCGGAGCGUCGCACGUCAAACUGACAAGGGAAGUCACUUAAAUCACGGAUCGAUUUUGUAAAACGACUGUUACAGCGAUGGGGAGGGUAGGACGGAGAUAUCAAAUCUGAAAACCGCUACCUCCACCGGCCUCUGGGAACCGAGAUAAUUGACCAAAGAGUUUGACCAAAUUCCUCCGAACAUUUCUUCCUUCCGAAAGAUUGUGAGAUAAGCUAAAACAGUCCAGUGAAUGGAUUAGCCUUUUGCCAAAAAAAGACGCAAAAAACGUUUUGUCGGGGAAGAAAUGGGGAAUUUUUGGGGCGAGAGAGUGCGCUUUUGCGUGCCUUCUUUCUCUCUUUCUCUGUGAAAUCAAGGCGAAGUGUAAAAAACCGAUAGCGAAGAGUCUAUUCCGGUCACCGGACUCCUAAGUUUGACGUGCGUCGCACCUGAGGUAUCAGUCGCGCUAUGAAAUCCCGACACUUUUGCACUGUGCACUUUUUCUUUUUUUCGGACCCACCUAGAUUCCCCGUUUUUGCACUAGCGACAUGCACCAUCGCACGAGCUCACUUCAAUUUUUGCGCACGAUAGUCAGAACUUUAUGGCGACUAGUACUUCAUCUGCGAAGCCACAAAUAAAUUCUCUGCAACGAGCGACGACCCGAUAAUAAUAUUUUUGCAAAAGUCGGAAAAAUAAUGAGUACUUUGUAGCGGCGCCAAUCGCGUCGCUGAUUGUGAGGGGAAGAUCAAUUCGAUUUCUCAGCAACGCAAUUCAUCCUAAACGGUAACGUGAUUUUCGAUGCGACAGAGUGGUUAUUAUUUUACCGACAGACUGAUAUAGCAAAAAAAAAAUUUUUUGGUUUUUUGCAAUUCAUUUUACGCAGGUUUAGCGAUAUUAACUUUUUCAUUUUUGCAGGACUUCCAAAAUGGGAGCACAUCGAAGAAGCGAUACGAGUGCUGAAACGGGAAGAAGAAUUAAAACAUACAUUUAAUCGGCCGUAA